AUGGUGCCCCCUUGGCCCGGGCCGCUGGAGCCGCCCCGGGGGCCGGACGUCGGGGGCGCUGCCGCUCGCGGGCCCGAGAGGGCAGGCGGGGUGGGGCGCCUCAGGGAGACGCGCGCCCCGGCGGAAGCUCAGUCAAGCUCAGGGGAGGAGGCAGCCGACGCGCUCGAUAGCGGGGACUCGGGCGCGCUGCAGGAAGCGAGGGGCAGGAGCGGCAGCCGCGCCCAGGCGGACUUGGCGGCGGGGGCGGGAUGCGGUGAAGGCCGGCCAGGGGCCCCGGCCGAGAUGAGCGCCUCUGCGGCCACCGGAGUCUUUGUGCUGUCCCUCUCCGCUAUCCCCGCCACGUACGUCUUCAACCACCUGGCAGCUCAUCGCAAUUCCUGGGCAAUUGUAGCUGCUGGAUUACUGGUUCUACUCAUUGUAGCUUUGUUGGCUCGUGCCCUUGUGAAGAGAAAACCACCUAGAGAUCCCCUGUUUUAUGUUUAUGCAGUAUUUGCUUUUACCAGUGUAGUGAACCUUAUUAUAGGACUUGAACAAGAUGGAAUAAUCGAUGGAUUCAUGACAUAUUACUUGAAAGAGGGUGAACCCUAUCUGAACACUGCCUAUGGGCACGUGAUCUGUUACUGGGAUGGUUCUGCUCAUUACAUGAUGUAUCUUGUUAUGUUGGCAGCCAUAGCAUGGGAGGAAAAUUACAGAUCGAUUGGAUUGUACUGGGUAGGCUCCAUUGUCAUGAGUGUUGUUGUCUUUCUUCCUGGAAACAUUGUGGGAAAGUAUGGAACAAGAAUUUGUCCUACCAUUUUCUUAAGCCUGCCGUACAUUUGUCUUCCUGUAUGGGCUGGUUUCAGAAUCUAUAGACAGCCAGUAGAAACUUACAGCUACCCUUCAAAGGUUGUUCAAGAAGCCCAGAAGAAAGGAUUGCUAAAAAGACCCUUAGAUUUAAUCUUCGUUAUGUAUAUCAUCUUUGCAACAGGAUUUUGCAUAUUUAGAGGCUUGAUUGCCUUGGAUUGUCCUGCUGAGCUCUGCCGACUCUAUAUACAGUUUCAAGAACCCUACAUAAAAGAUCCUGCUGCUUAUCCCAAACUUCAGAUGCUGGCAUAUAUGUUUUAUUCGGUUCCAUUCUUUGUGAUUGCACUCUACGGCCUUAUGGUUCCUGGAUGUUCAUGGAUGCCCGACAUAGCCCUCAUUCAUGCCGGAGGACUAGCUCAGGCUCAGUUUUCCCACAUUGGUGCUUCUCUUCAUGCCAGAACUCCUUAUGUCUACAGAGUCCCUGAGGAGGCUAAAAUGUUUUUCCUCAUAUUAAACUUAGUUUAUGGAAUUCUUCCUCAGUUGCUGGCCUAUCGAUGUGUCUACAAACCAGAGUUCUUCAUGAAAACAAAGACAGACGAGAAGGAGGAAUAAAAAUCACCUCACAUGCUUUUUUGUAGCUAUGUUACUGGCUUUUGUUAUAACUGGAAUACUGAUCUAAGAUCUCUUUCAAAGUGUAUGUUGAAGUACACACAAUUUUAUUGCUCUACACUGUAUGUAUAAACCGUACUGUAAUAUUUGCAGAUUUGUUCUUUUUUUUGAAAAGGGAAAACUAAUUUGUCUAGAAAAGUGUAAAAACAGAUUUAAAAAUGUUUUCUAAAUUAUUUGUGAAUAAACUUUUAACGUUUGCUACUACUCAGUGAUUAUAUUAUCUCAUUAUUUUAUUUGUUCAAAUGUCAUUAUUGAAGUGUCAGCAAUUACUACUACUAUGAAAUUGAACAUACAUUGAACUACAUCGAAGAAUAAAAAUAAACCUGUUGGAACAAAAGUGGUCUUGUCACUGAUUGAAAGAGAGCCUUUUCAUAACUAAUAUGGAUUUGAGGGGGGUGGAAAAUUGAACAAUUAGCCUUGUAUUUUCUAAUACCAAUCACACCCUGAAUUGUAAACCAUCUCCUUUUGGAAAAUGUUGUUUUAAACUCUUAAUUCUUUCUAAUUAAACUUUAAAUUCUCAAUUGUAAGGAUACUACAGUGCUUCUGUUAAUGUUGUUUUUGUUUGGAAAACUCACCCCCAGAAGAAGGAUCUGCUAAAAUUUCUUCCCUUUAUGAAGUGUCUACAUUUCUGUUUGUAAUGAGUUCUUCUACUAUAAUUCAAUGUAUAUUUGUAAUUGAAGUAAAAUGUUUGGUCUCCAUCUUGUGAAAAAAAAUCUCUUAUUAAAGUUUUUCAUUGCAAACAUUUCCCAUAUUUCUGCCAAGCUAUGGUCUGUAGUCCAUAGUAUUCCCUUUUGUUUCUUUUAAAAUUUCUUUGUUUGAACUUCUGAUUACAAUUAUCUGUACCACAUUUAUAGUUCAGUGUGGGCAUUUUCCUGAAAUUUUGAAGGAUUUUAGUUUUUAAUGCACCUUAAUUAAAAGUAAGAUUCAAUAAAGCGCUCUUAAAGAAACCUGGAAUACCUUCCUUACCUACUUCCUAUGAACUCAUUCCUGUUCUGUACUGCUAAGUGUGUGUGUAUAUGAGCCUAUGAAAAGGUUCAACUUUUUAUUAAUGAGAACAAGGAUCUAGACCAGAAAAUGUGUCAAGAAAUUCUAUUUGAGUGUCUGGCUAAUGAGUACAUCCUACCUCUUAGACACCACCACGACUAUGGUGUCCCUGAUUUGCCAUUGGUAUUUCUCCUUCCUCUUACUUCU